GAGGGGGGACCGGGGAGCCGCAAACCGCCGUGACCAGCUACAAGUGACAGGCGCUUCGUAUGCUGAGAAGAGAAAUGAAAACCAGAUCGUCUCCUCUGCUCCAUGUGCAUGUUGAUGAAACCACCCCUGUCCAUGUCCAUGUUAAAAAGAGCCCAAGGCCAGCAAAGAAAGUUCAGCAAAAGUUGAAAGGAGCCUGGGAAUGUGGCAAUCUACGAGAAACCAGUAAGGUCAAACCCAAGGUCCCAUGGAUUCCACCAGGCAAAACAUCAGUAAGGGAUGUUGGCUACAAAUGGGAGGGCCCAACUCAUCGUUUAGAUAUUACUCCAGUUGAUACUCAGAAGUUCCAUUCAACACUUCACUUGAGUGAUCUCUCCACAGAUGAUGAGGAGGCUAUACAUGGAAAGAUGAAUGAGUAUGAAGAGAAAAUUGAUUGUCUUAUGAAUCAAGUGGGAUCACUAAAAAAUGAAAUUGAACUGAGGAAGAAAAAUCACCUGCUGGAGCAGCGAAAGGAGGAAUUGAAUGCAUCCAAGCGAUUGAUUGAAGAGAAAGAAGAGGAAUUAGCAGAAGUCACCAAGGAGCUAGUUCUUACAGAGCACAAGAAUGAGCUACUUCAAAGAGACCUUGAAAUGAUGAAAGAGGAUCCAGAUAUUUCCUGCUUGGAGAAGAAACACUGGCGAAAAGAUAAGGACACCCUGUUGAAAAUGUUGGUGGAGGCUGAAAUGGACGGGGCAGCUGCAGCCAAACAGGUUGCAGCCCUGCGCAGUGCCAUUAGUAAGUUACGCAUGGAGAAGCCAAUAGCUACAUCAGAAAGUAACCUGCUACACCGGCAGAAGGAAUUGCUACUGCAGAAACUGGAAACUUUUGAUGCGACAAAUCGAGUGGUUCGGCAGUUGCUGAAGGAGCAGCACUCUCAGGAGACUGAUGCCUUGAGACUGUUUGAGCAAAAGGAAGCACUUCUUGAAAAACUGGCCCAGUCAGAAGCAGAAAAUGCACGCUUGUCCAUGAAACUUCAGGAAGUUGAAAAUCAGAUUGACCAGCUCCAUGUUCAGUAUCGAACAGAAAAGGAUAAUGCUCGUGCAGCAACAGAGUUCUCCAAAUCACUUGAAGCUACAAGAGCCCACCUACAAGGACAGCUUCGCAGCAAAGAAGCAGAUAACAAUCGGAUGCUUGUUCAGAUCAGGAAUUUUGAGCGUACCAUUUCACAACAGAAGGGGGAGUUGGACUACCUGACAGAGCAACUAAGGCAAUUUCAAAAGAAAAGGGACAGGGACAAAGAGGCCUUGAAGAAAGCAACUAGGGCUCAAAAGCAGCGAGCAGAACGCAGUGAGGAUGCAGUUGAGCUACUCAAUGCCCAGCUAAUUGACAAGGAGUCGCAGCUGGCAGACGCAUUGUCAGCGGUCGAGACAUGGAGAAGUUCACAUAACAAGGUGAUGAAAGAAAAGAGUCAGUUGGAAGUUGAGAUCUCACUCUUGAACAACCGUAUUACAGAUCUGUUGGAUCAGACUCAUCAUGUGGAGGAUAAGGCUCGGGGAGACAUGGAGUCAAUGAUGAACAAGCUGCAGAAGAUGUCCUCUGAGAACACCAGUGUCAAAAUGGAGAAUGAGACAAUGAAGGCAAAUAUGUCAGCUGUGGAGGAGAAGCUGACACUUGCUCAGUCUGAGAUGCAGCAGUUGAAGACCUCUAUCAAACGUUAUGAAGGGCUUGUGGACAGCUACAAAUCUCAGUUGAUGAAGACACGGAUGGAGGCAGAUGAAUGUAAUGCAAAACUGGAGAGGGCAGAGAAGGAGAACAAGCUACUGAAAGAUGAUGUGAAUAAGGAAAUUGAUCAGGUCCGGAAACAGAUGCAGAAAAAGCUGACUGAUUUGGAGCCUGUUCCUGAGUUGUUGAAGUUAACUGAGCACAAGCUUCAGGAUUGCCAACAGCAGCUCGCAAUAUAUGAGAGAAAACAUGUAGAUCAAUCAUCUAUCAUUUGUAAUCUCAAGAUGGAGAUUGAGGAGCAGAGUAGCAAGACAAGAGAGAAGUGCCAACAUUUACAAGAAGAAAAUUAUAAUCUGAAGCUGAAGUUGGAGACUUUGGAAAGGAAGCUGGAAGAUUUAGACGCCCAGAACCGGGAACUGACUCAGGUGGUAACGAAACGGGAAGAGACCAUUCAACAGAACCAGCAGCGAUUAGAGGAAAAAUCCCGUGAAUGCAACAGCCUGGCUAGACAGCUGGAGGCUGCCAUUGAUGAUGCCAGGUGCCAGGUGGACCAAACCAGGGAGAGAGCACUGUCAAAAGAACGAACCUUACAAAGCAAAAUAAUGGACCUUGAAACACAGCUGAGCAGAACAAAAACGGAACUGACUCAACUACGAAGGAGUAAAGAUGACGCUGAGAGGCGUUUCCAGAGCCGCUUACAAGACCUGAAGGAUCGUCUGGAGCAGUCGGAAUGCACCAACCGCAGCAUGCAGAACUAUGUCCAGUUCCUCAAAUCUUCAUACGCAAAUGUAUUUGGUGAUACUGCUUUAACAAGCUCUCCACUCCAAUCUAGAUCACCUCUCUGAAAAUUUCUUGCAGUAUCAACAAGUGAACUUACUGAAGUUUACAUCUGCUUUUAUUCUUUUUAAGGAUCUGGAGCUAUAAACAUUCUUAAAAAGCACACACGUGAAGCACAUUCUUAUGAACUGGUUAAUAUUAUAAAUAAUGCAGAUUCCCAAGGGCAGUAAUCACUCCAGCCUCAAGUAAAACUCAUUCAAAGUUUAAAAAAAAACUUGUCAAAUGAGUCAAGUCAUAGGUUUCCAACUUUGUAUAAUUAAUAUGUGAAUUAUUCUGGAUAGUCCCCAGUUUCAGAUCAGUGUUUGCAGAAUUGAUAAUGUCCUAAUAUUUUAUUAGAAUUGUGCUGUGUUCAUUUAUUAGUAAAUUCCUUUGCAUGGCAUACUGACUGUGGGUAACAGGAUCUACUUACCUUGUUUUUAAUCUUUCAGAUCUAAGUGUUCGAUUUGCAGCAAACUUGCAUUCACAAUGCUGCUGUGAUUUAUUGCUGGCAUUCUUUUUCCUACUGAGCCAAUGAGUCUGUUGGCAGUUCAACUAAACUUAAGUUGAGGGAAGGAUAUGGUUGUUAGCUUGGGAUAGGAGGAUUUGCUGUUCCUUAGCCGUUCCUUAGUAUGUCUCAAAUCGGUGCCUCAAGUUCUUCGAUUUUUAGUUUUGGCAUCUGGCCAGCUAUCUCUCCUGUUCCCCUCUUCCAUUUCAUCCAGUAGCCACAUCUAUUCCAAGUUUUGCUUGCUUGGUAUCUCUCCACAAUUACAUAUCAUUUUACACAUUGCAUCUCAAGAUGCAAUUUCUAUUAAUUUGAACUGAAGAAAACUUGAACUGACAGUAAUUCCCUACUAUUCAUCUACAGCAAGUCAGGACAUCAAUUCAUUUAAAAAGUCCUUAUUUACGAUAUUUCUGCAAGUUACAAAUAUCCAUUGUAACAUUCCCAAUUGCAACUUACAAAAUUGUCUUUUAAAUACAUGAACUUGCAAGGUUAACACUGAGGUCAGGAAGAAUAAUCUUGUGGUCAUGGGAUAAGCUGCUAUAAUGAAAACUACGAGUGAGUUACCUUAUCUUCUAAUACUUCAAACUACUGCAGCAUAGAAUUUUUCUGGUUCUGUUUUCUGUUUGUUUCAGUUAUUAUAUACUUUAAUUACUUUUCUGGUUGACAGCUUGUAUUAAAACAAAUUAGUCAGAAACCCCAUCCAUUCGAUGAAGAUGUACUUUAGAAAAUAUAUUUAUUUUUAAUUUAUGUAAACAAAGAGCCAUGUUUGAAUGUGCAAUAGUCCUUGUUGCACUUAGCCUUGGGGUGUGCAGAUACUGCAGAAAAGGUCUGGUCUAACCCCCAGUGCCAACUUAGUUCAGUUUGUUAAACAUGAGAGAAGUCACCAAAAGUGUCAAUGUAAAUUACUUUGUAAAGUUCUGAUUUUCUGAAGUUCAACUAACUUUGAAAUCCUAGAUAUUUUUGGAUCCAUUUAAUAAUUUAUAAUACAAAUACUGGAUCAUAUCUUCUGUGCUGACUACAGUCUCUUUCUGUGUCAUUGUUUUACUUUCACACUCCUAGUGGAUGUGACUCAUUUCUUGUAGGAUGGUUUUGGGAUGAGGUUCAGUGGGCCUUAGAACACCUCUGUCCAAAUCUGUUGUGUAUCUGUGAGAGAGAACCACCCACUGGGGUGGCACUGUGGCUCAGUGGUUAGCACUGCUGCCUCACAGUGCCAGGGACCCAAUUUUAAUUCCAGUCCCGGGUGACUGUGUUUGCACAUUCCCUUCAAGUCUGAGUGGGUUUCCUCUAGAUGCUCUGGUUUCCUCUCUCAGUCCAAAGAUAUGCAAGUUUGAUGGAUUAGCCAUGGGAAAUGACCAGGGACUUGCAGGCUAGGUGGAUUUACACAUGGGAAAUGCAGGAUUACAGGAAUAUGGUAGGAGGGUGGGUCAGUGUGAAUAUCGAUGGGCUGAAUGGCCUGUUUCCACACUACUGGGCUUCUAUAAAAAGGGAUAGGUUUUCACGCCAAAAUCUACUAUGAUCUCAUAAGGCCCAUUUGGCAAAUUGUUCAGCCAAGAAAUGCCGUAGACUUAAGCCCCUAUUGCUGAGGAAAUGUUGAUUUAAAUCUUGAUUACACUGGAUUCGAAAUAAAUAAUUUUUUUCCAAGUUAUUGGAGAAAUUGAUUAUCUGAAGCACUAGUGGAUGAU